UCUGUCGCUGUCGUCGUUGCGUAUAUGUCCGAGAAACCGAGAAAAUAUAAAAUAUUCGUCGUGUUUGCUAUAAUGCUCUUCUCUGUGUUUUAGUUAGUGUGUGGUGUGUUGGAAAAAAAUAGAGGCAAAAAAAAGAAUAAUUUUUCUUCGCCACAACACAAAACAGGAACAAAUAAAUAAAAUUUGAGGAUAAAGUAGAAGAAAAAAGUGUAUAUAUGUAAAAUACCUAUACAAGAAAAAAAUUGUUGAAUCUUUUAUUUUAGUUUGGCAAUAUUUUGUGCUAAAAUAUGUGAAUAUUUUUAUUUUAAAUGAAUGCCACCAAAGCCAUUUUGUGUCUGCUGCCCCUAUUUGUGAAUAUGUGAAAAUAUGUAGAAAAAUAUUUAAAGAAAACGACGACAACGACGAAUAAGAAGAAGAAGACGACGACAACCUCAUCGAAAGAGGUGGUGGUGAAGCUAAAGAGGAAUUUGUGGAAACAAAAAAGUUGGAGAAAAACGGAAAAAGAAAAUUUUUACUAUUUUUCUUCUUGAUGAUGAUGAAUAAGUGAAAUUCGGCCGUGAUCUCGGUAAAUUUACUGUACAUUGUGUGUGCGGUGUUACGUUUCCAGUAGUAGUAAUUAUUUUUAGAUUUAUCGAUUUAUUUUUUUUUUCUCAUCAACCUAUGCGGUGACGACUAACACUAUGUCGGCGCUCAAAAAUAGUGAACAACAACAAUAAAAGUUAAGCAAAUUCAUCUAAUGUUGAGUGUACGAAACAAAAAGUGAGGUAGAAUAUGUUACUUGAAUAUAACACCAUCAUCAACGGCAACAACAGCUACAAAGCAGAAACAAACAACAACAAUAGCAUCAUCCAUCUUCUACAUCUUUUUCUCGUAUAUGAGAACCCGACCAACCGCAAAUUGUCCGGUGACCACCAGCACAACCAGAAAUUUGCAUAUUACUCAAACAAUUUGGCUCUGACGACGACAAUACUGUAACAAACAAAUCAUUUUUGAUGUGAUAAAACAAAAGAAGUGCGAGCGCGAGAGAGGAGCAAAACGGGAGAAGGAGACUAAGCAGCAACAGCAGCAACAAGAGAAUAAUUUAUUCCAAUUGAUGUUGUUGUCUGCCAUACAAAUCACACAACAUACAUACUACAUACAUACUAUAUAUACACAUUACCAAAGUAUAUUCUUAUAACAUAAUUUAUCCACAUCAACCGGCAGCAGCAACAGCAGCAGCAUCAGCAACAACAAUAAUAACAUCAGCGCCAACAACCUUUUCAUCGGCUCAUCAUCAUCAUCAUCGUCAUAGCAAAUUUCGUUUGGGUGCUAAUGUGCUAGAAAUUUGUUGUAAGAAAAAUUAGUAAGAAGAAGAAGAGCAGAACAACAACAAGUUCGAACGACGUGCCAUCACAUCCAUCAAAUCAAACAAACAAUCAGACGACAAAAGUCAAAUCAUGGAAGCUUAGCACAGUGCUCAGCAGUGGCGAGUAUUAAAUACGAAUCAAAGCAAAACAAUCAACAAUCCCCGAACAACAACAACAACUACACCAUCAACAGCAACAGCCAGCAGUAACAACAAGAACGAAAAAUAACCAACCAAAUAGCCAGCCAGCCAAGCCAAGCUACCAUCAACCAUCAUCAUCAUCAUCGUCGUCAGCACACACACCCACAUUCAUAUAAGGGCGCGCACUCACAACGCAAAACAUAUGUAAUCAAAUGCAAUCCCUCCAUUAAAUGCACUACUACUUCAAGAGCAACCCCACUACUAUAACUGCAACAACAACUACUACUAAAAUUCAUCCGAAACUACGCCAACAGUAACAACAACAGCAGCAAUCAGAAAAAAAAAUAAAAUAAAGAGAGAUAUCAUCAAAGCACACAACAACAACAACAACAAAAACAAAAAUAAAGGAAUAAUUUGUACGAAAUUUUAUUAAUUAUCAUAUAAUAAAAAAAAGAAAUACAACAACAUAAACGGCGGUGGGCUGCCUAAACCACAACAAGCAUCAACAGCACGAACAGGCAGGGCGCUUGCGAUAUCCCACACAGAGCCACAGUGGCAGUAGCAAGAGCAUCCAGGGAGCAGGAGGUCGCGGCAGCAACAGCGUUAACAACAAAUUUAAGUCGAUCAGCACAAAUCCAUAAAAACAAGAAACAGUGAAAAAAUGUCAUCGGGAACAUUUGUUGAUCGAAUCGAUCCAUUCGCCAAACGUUCAUUGAAAAAGAAAAGCAAAAAGAGUCAAGGUUCCUCACGUUAUAGAAAUUCCCAGGAUGUGGAACUGCAACAAUUGCCGGCACUGAAAGCCGACUGUUCAAGUUUGGAACAAGAAGAACUAUUUAUUCGCAAAUUGCGCCAGUGUUGCGUAUCAUUUGAUUUUAUGGAUCCUGUGACAGACUUGAAGGGCAAAGAAAUCAAACGUGCUGCCCUCAAUGAUUUAUCCACCUAUAUAACACAUGGUAGAGGCGUACUUACAGAGGCAGUGUAUCCUGAAAUUAUUCGUAUGAUUUCAUGCAAUUUGUUUCGUACAUUGCCACCAAGUGAAAAUCCAGAUUUUGAUCCAGAAGAAGAUGAUCCAACAUUGGAAGCCUCUUGGCCGCACCUACAAUUGGUGUAUGAGGUUUUCUUGCGGUUUCUGGAAUCUCAGGAUUUCCAGGCUACCAUAGGAAAACGGGUUAUCGAUCAAAAGUUUGUUUUACAACUUUUGGAACUAUUCGAUUCAGAGGAUCCACGUGAACGUGAUUUUUUGAAAACUGUUUUGCAUCGUAUUUAUGGCAAAUUUUUAGGUUUACGAGCAUUUAUAAGAAAGCAAAUCAAUAAUAUAUUUUUGCGUUUUAUUUAUGAAACGGAGCAUUUUAAUGGUGUCGGUGAAUUGCUGGAAAUUCUAGGAAGCAUUAUAAAUGGUUUCGCUCUACCACUUAAAGCCGAACAUAAACAGUUCUUAGUUAAGGUUUUGCUUCCUUUGCACAAAGUGAAAUGUCUGUCACUGUAUCAUGCUCAGUUGGCCUACUGCAUUGUACAAUUUCUCGAAAAGGACCCAUUUCUAACGGAGCCUGUUGUGCGGGGCCUUUUGAAGUUCUGGCCAAAGACUUGUUCGCAAAAGGAAGUUAUGUUUCUGGGCGAAAUUGAGGAAAUACUCGAUGUGAUUGAUCCACCUCAGUUUGUCAAAAUUCAAGAACCACUAUUUCGUCAAAUCGCCAAAUGCGUGUCGAGUCCCCAUUUUCAGGUUGCCGAGCGUGCUCUUUAUCUGUGGAAUAAUGAAUAUGCCAUGUCCUUAAUUGAAGAAAACAAUGCCGUUAUAAUGCCCAUUAUGUUCCCGGCAUUGUAUCGCAUUAGUAAAGAGCAUUGGAAUCAGACAAUUGUGGCAUUAGUCUAUAAUGUAUUAAAGACUUUUAUGGAAAUGAAUUCAAAGUUAUUCGAUGAACUUACCUCUAGUUAUAAAGCGGAGAGGCAAAAAGAGAAAAAACGCGAACGAGAUCGCGAAGAACUUUGGAAAAAACUCCACGAAUUAGAGCUCAAUCGUACAAAGAGCAUUCAGGCAGCAAAUCCAUCAACAAAUGCUAGUGGUGCCUCAACAACAGCAGGCGGCAACGCCAACAGUCAACAGCAGCAGCAGAACUCAAAUUCGCAACAAUCGAAUAGUAGCAGCAGUGGCCUGGGGGCCUCUGGCGAUAAUAAAUCGCUAAAUGCGUCAAGUGGAGCCUCGGCGCAAGGGGCCAAUCCUUUCGCCAAAAUCAAGGUGGAGAAAGGGGAAAAAGUUGAGAAUUAAGACGCUUCAUAACCAACAACAAGAAGAACACCACCACCACCCCAUACACACUCAAAAACAAAAAAAAAAAAACAAAAACAAAAUGCAAAUGCAACAACUGCAACACCACAACAACAUAAUGAGAGUUAAUGAUGAUGAGAAGAGAAUAACUUAAGGCAAAACUAAUAAAAGAAGUAAAAACAGAAAUAAAAACAAAUGAAAAACAAAACUCGAUCAUCAGGAAAUAUUCAAAUAAAUCGUAUUAAUGCAAACUGUUAUAAGCCUAUAGGUAACAAAACAAAAAAGUAAAAACAAAAAAACAAAAACAAAACAUCGUACAUAGAGCGUAGAGCGCCUGUUAAAGAGAAACCUAAAGAGAAACAAUUCUAUAUAUAUAUAUAAUAAAAUAAUAAUAAUAAAAAAAAAACAACUACAACUAAUUAAGAAAACAGAAGAGCUAAACAAGAUCAUCAACAACAACAACAACAGCAGAAAUAAGAACAAGGCAGCAUUUCCCAUUGAAGAAGGAAAAACAGAAACCAUAUAUAAAGCUUUCCUUUUGUGAGAGAUGCUAAAACAAACACACACACACCCACACAUAUAUACAUACCCCCCCCAAACGAAAGUGAAAGCGGGUGUAGAGGGAAUGCGCUUACGAGAGAACACGAUCCGACUUUCCAUCCCCCAAACUUUAGAAUGUAGCUGGAACAAACGUUUUUGGGGCUUUUUCUAAUCAAUUAGGUCCAGACGACGUUUGGUUUAAGCAAUUUCUAACAUGAUUAACUUAUGCCUAUUUAAUUAUUAAUAAUAAAACAAAAAUAAACCAACAACAACAAAAGAAAAUAAAUAUGAAAAUUAAGAAACAAAAAAAAAAAACAAAACAAGAUACAAAUUAAACUCAUUUGCAUUAUAUGGAGAGAAAGAAGAAAGGAAAAAAACAAAAAACAGAAUACAAAUGAUUAAUUUUUAGAGCAAAAACAAAUACAUCUAAUCUAUACAUAUAUAUAUAUACAAAAACAAAUAUACAUAUACCUAUAUAUAUAUAUGAGAAAACUAUGUUACAAAGCAGAAGCAGCCGACAGAAUGACAAACAGAGAAAUCAACUUCAAGCAAAAGUUAUCUUAACUUCUAUACAGAAUAGAGACAGACAGACAAGGCCAAAAACCAAUUCCUAAACCUAAAAAUCCUUUCCCCCCACCCCCUAACCCAUACCAUAACAUCCUUACAACUUUGUAACUUGCAAAAAAGUAUACAAAGAUUUAGAGAACAAAAAACAAAUCUGAAGUCUAACAGCAGAUUUGUUAUGCGGAAAGCUUUUGCUACAUAAAAUAAUAACAACAACAACAACCAGAACAGAAACAAACACAAGCAUAUAAUAAUAAUUAAUUAUUAUUAUUAUUAUUAUAAUUCUUAUUAUUAUUAUUAUUAUUAUUUUAUAUAAUACCAGAAAGAGGAAGUAAAAACAAAAUUUUCGAAAAAGAACAAAACAAAAAUAAAAUUAAAGGAAAUUAAGUGGUAUAUUAAAAGAAAAAAAAAUACAUAAAAAAGGAAAAUUCUAAAAUUGUUGUAUAAGUGCAGUAUAUAAUAUAAUAAUAAUAAAUAAAAAAUCGUAUAUAUAUAUAAUAAAACAUUUAAAGCGGAUUGAUUGAAUAAAAAUAUUAUUAUUACUAUUAUAUGAUGAUGAGGAUAAAGAUGAUGAAAGAUUGAUUGAAUUGAAUUGAAUGGGUAAAGGAUUGCCGUAGACAUGGUCUAGAAUUUAACACUUACACCAACACACAAACAUCUACAUACAACUUAAAGGCAAAGCGUAAGGAAAAUUAGAGCAAAAAAACGAGAAGACCCCUUGAUUACAUGAUCAACAAAAAAAAAAAAGGCAAACAAAGAAACAAUUAUUAUUAUAUAAUAGCACUUUAACAAAAACAAAGCCAAGCGCCCUUUCAUCCCUCCCAAAUUGGACACAAAAACCAAACUUCCUUAUAUGAGUUUUAUUCUUUUUCUAAACCAAAACACUUUCGACCCUUUUCCCUUAUCUCAAUUUGUUUUCCAUAUAUCCCCCUACCCAUACACCAUUUCCCACUUAACUAAACCUAAUUUAUGCAUUAUAUAUAUAUAUAUAUAUAUGAAAAAUGAUGUAAAGGAAAAGUAUUUCAACAACUCCCGCAAAUAUUGAAUGUCACCACUCAAUAAAAAAACAACAAAAAAAUACCAGCAAACACAACAAAAAUAAUAAGAAAUAUAUAUAAAUAAUAAUUAUAUAAAAAAAAACAGAAAAAAAUAUUUGAAAAAACAAAAAUGAACAUUUUCCACAGUUGUUAUAUAAGAAUUAAUUUAUAAAUAAAACAAAGAAAAAACAAAAAAGCGAAAAAGGAAGAACAAAAACCCUAAAAACAACCCAAGUAACAACAACCAACCACAACCACAUGUGUAUGUAAGAAAGAGAGAAAAUGAAGAGAAGAAAAAAACGAGAAAAUGAAAAAAAAACCAAGAAGAAAAACACACACCGGUUAAUAUUAAUAAUAAUAAUAAAAAAUAUGGUUUAUUUGUAAAAAAAAAAAAAAAACAAGAAAAACCAAUCAACCUACUGUGUUUUCCUUUCAAAAAGCAUGUUUUUUUCUAUAAGUUUUAAUAAAUGUGUAUGUAAAUUUGUUUAGUUUAACGUUUUAAGUUUUCCAUUUACUUUGUUAACACAAAAAAAUAAAGAAAAAACAAAAAUCUCUUGUAAUACAGCCUAACUCUAAUACUACUACUACUACUACUACCUUAAAAAUACACCAAACACCAAAAACAACCAACACACACACAUAAACAUACUACCUAACAACCAACCUAUUACAACUAUGACUAGUAAUACUACAACUCUUAUGGCAUUAAAACCAAACCAACUGAAGAAUUUUAAAGGCUUAUUUUUUCCCGCCGCCGCCUCCCCCAUUAGAUUUAGUUAUGUUGUAUUUGUUCUUCUAUGACUUGAUGUGUAACUCUUUAUUCUACUUCAACCACGUUUGCCAUAACUCUGAAUCCCUUUGUUUUUAAUGUAAAAGAACAAAAACCUUUCUUUAUAAACUUUCUUAAGGAUUCUUAGAAGGUCUUAUGGUUUUAACUGAACAGAUUUUAAAACAAAUAUUUUAUUAUAUUAAAAAGGUCGGAUACCAAUAUAACUUGAACUUGCCGGGAAUCUACCUACAAGGCCCACAAAAAAAAGUUAAGUCACCUGCCGAAAACAAAAAGUGGAAAGGCUCCAUGAACAUUGAGGAUGCCAAAAUGUGCCGAACGCAAAUUAACAAUCGGAAAAAGCCGACACACAGUGGGAUAGAACCGUAAACAACUAGACAGAGAUAUCUCUUUGAAAUCAGAAAUGGUUCGAGCUGGGGCAGAAUUACCACACAUAUGAUCGAAUCAUAUGAAAUUUGAUCUCGUAUUUAAUGGAUGUUAUAACACUUUUAUAAAUAUUGUAACGUCAAAUUUCAAAGGGAUAUCUCUACCUGUUCUCACACUUUUACUAGUUUUUUUUCGAUUUUCUCCCACUGUGGGGAAACUUUGAUUUCCCCUUCCUAAGUUUUUGAACAACUACAAUAUUCGGGGGCCACCGUAACGCAGAGGUUAGCAAGUCCACCUAUGAAACUGAACGCCUGGGUUCGAAUUCUGGCGAGGCCAUCAGAAAAAAUUUGUUCCCCUCCUAAUGCUGACAACAUUUGUGAGGUGAGAUGUCGCACUGCGGCACGCCGUUCGGACUCGGCUAUAAAAAGGAGCUUAAACUUGAAUCGGACUGCACUCAUUGAUAUGUAAAAAGCUUGCCCCUGUUCCUUAGUGGAAUUUUCAUGGGCAAAAUUUGCAUUUAUACAAUAUUCGAAGAAAGUAAUUUUUGAUAAAUUUUUUGUUAAUUGCGUUAUUUUUGCUUUCUGACGCAUUUGGCAGGUUCAAUCUAUCGCAUAUGUCCUCAACGCAAGGCCUGAUGCCAUGAUAGUACAAUCGUCCCGUCCAGGGCCGAAUUGCAGCAUACGUGAUCGAGUGCGUUUUCGAAUCAAAUGAAAUUUCAUCUCGUAUUUAAUAGAUGUUAUAUCUCUUUUAUAAAUAUAUUAAUGUAAAAUUUUUUAUAAAUUAUGGUCGACUUAAACAUUUGCGUUCUUAAAUUUAAAAAAAUUCCCCUUCAAUAAAGAAAAAAUUCAUUUUUCGCCCGAACCAUUCGUAUGUGGAAUCGACUUCGGGCUAAUGUCUUUCCCACCGACAUUGACGUUCAGAAAUUUAAGACGAAUAUCAAUAAACACUUUCCCUCUUUCCCCCCUCCAACCCUUAACUUUCCUAAUUGCCAGCGCAAUGCACUGCAUAUAUAGGGGAUAUCCCCUGCGUGUUGGAUACGUGAAAAAAACAUAAUUCACAAUAGAGAGAUUUGGUAAAACAGAGAAGUAGAACUUAAACAUUGCCGGAGAGAAUUAGGUCUGAAACAUCGGAAUAUCGUAUUGAAAAACUCUAAUAGAUAAGAUGCGAUAAAGAGAUGCUUGAUCUGGUUGAGACUUGGCUUAUAUGGGCGGAGAUGGCGGGCAAAGUUGUCUUUGUGCUAUGCAGAUGCCAUGUUGAAGACAGAAGUGGAUAGGCACCAUGAACAAUAUUAAGAUUGUCACAAUUUGCCUAUUGUGAAUGUUAAAAAAAUGUUCUCACAAAAUGCAACAUACUGCACAUCCACGUUUUUUUCCUUUUCACAUAUUUUUAAAAUAUAUCUUGAAAUAUUUAAAUUUUUUUAAUGGGAAUAAAUGCACAUUGCAAGCAAGAAAGAAGAACUUAACCAAUGACAAGCUUAAUAACUAAAAUUCAAAAAAUUUUAUAUUGUUUUGUAUGAUUACCCUUAACUUGAAACCUUGCUGACUUGAGUGGUGGAUUCUAAUUUUUUCCAAUUUUUACAAAUCAUUCAGGAUUUACUGAAUAAGGUUAAGCCAUGUGAUCAGCCGACAUACAAUUUUUUUAAGUAGUACUUGGCAUUGAGGAUGUCAACUUGAUCUCUUUUUAUAUUCAUUCUUUGUUAACGUUUUCUCUUAUAUGAUGACAUUUUCAAUCGGCAGAUUUGACAUCCUUAAUGAUGUUCAUGGGGCCUAUCCACUUUAUGUUUUCGCAAUUGACCUAACCUUCAAUUGAUGAAUCCGUCCAAUCAUUUGAGAUUGAUAAUCGAUUAAUGAUAUCCAUAAUCGAUUUAUUUCUUUUAUCCGUUUAUUGAUCAGCGGGAUUCACUAAUAAAAGGUUAGGUCGGUUGCGAAAACAUAAAGUGGAUAGGCUUCAUGAAGCAUGUCAAAUCUGCCGAUUGAAAAUGUCAUCAAAUAGGAAUGAAUUUAAAAAAAGAGAACAAGUUGACAUCUGCAAUGCCAAGUACUGCCAGAAAUUAAAAAAAUGUAUGUCGGCUGAUCGCUUGGCAUUACCUUAUUCAGUGAAUCCUGAUUGAUUAGAUUCGUAUCAACUCAUUUUAGCGUCUUCAAAAUACGUUUGAGUUCGAUAACAUAAUUUUGUCGAUAAUUGAAAAAUUUUAUCGUUGCAAAGAAACGAUUUUUUAAUCGAUUUGCGAGAAAUUGCAAAAUUAUUAAUGGCAAACAAAUUUAGUGAAUUUGAUAUAAAUUAUUUAAAAAUCGAUAUCGAUUCUUAAAAUCGACCUAAAUUUUUAUAUCGAAAUUCGAUAUUGACAUUCUUUUUUAUAAGUCCGAUUAUUGAUCCAAGUCGACUAAAAAAAGUUCUAAAUAUUUGUGUUUUAUACAACAAUUCGAUUCUUAAAAUCGACUUAAAUUUUUAUAUCGAAAUUCGAUAUUGACAUUCUUUUUUAUAAGUCCGAUUAUUGAUCCAAGUCGACUAAAAAAAGUUCUAAAUAUUUGUGUUUUAUACAACAAACAAACUUUAUAAACAACAAACUUAUAAUGUAUGCGUACAGAGUAAUAACUGUGUAGGCAACUCUAGUGAUACCGAUAAACGAUAAUUAGGGGUCGAUUAUGGAUGGCAACUCAACUAUAGUUGCAAAUUUUUUCAGAAAUUUCUGUUUCAAAAAACAUCCACCUAUUUUUUUUUUUGAGUACAUGGAAGUAAUUUUUGCUAGCAAUUUCUCUAAACUUGAUAUCGGUGAUCGAUUAUUGAUAUCAGCAAUUGAUGCAUAUCGGUAAUCGAUACAUGACAUUGCAAUGAUUCAAUUAUUGAUCAAAAUCAAGAAAACUAAUUUCCGUUCUCAUAUAUUUCGAUAAUAAAUAUCGAUCGGGUUGAAUGGGUUUAUCUGUAAUCGAUUAUUGAUGUCGGUAAUUUUGUCAUCGAUUUUAAUGAUGCGAUUGUUGAUCAAAAUCUUAUCCGAUUUUGUCUAAACUGGCAACUUCCCCAAGAAAACUUAUUUCCGAGGUAUGAAUUUUUGGAAGUAAAUACCGAUAAUUACGUUUUUCCGAUCAUUCAAUAUUCGCAUUUGUCGUUCGAUUUUAAAAAAUUUAUAUUCCUUAAAGUUUAAAAUAUUCUGAGCUCAAAAACCACCUAUUGACUCAUACAAUCGUUUUUAAUAGUAAAAGUUUUUGCAGCGAUUAAUUGACGAACAGGUGAUUUUUAUAUUUUGUAUGAUUGAUCGGUAAUUAAUUCAACUCGAUAAUUGCAAUUCUAUCAAUUCGAUACAUAUUCGAUAAAAUUAGCCACGAUAAAAUUAGCCAAUAAUUCGAUUAGAAAAAUAACAAUUUGAGCCUAGAGGAAGUAAUUUUUGUAAGCAAUUUUAAUUGAACGAGUUAAAUCUGUCAUCGAUUAUUGAUAGCGGUAAUCAAUGUAUAAUAUCGAUAAUUUUGUAAUUGACUUUGAUGAUCAAUUUGAGACUAGAGGAAAUCAUUUUUGCAAGCAAAUUUUAAUUGAACAGGUUGAAUGGGUAAAUCUGUCAUUGAUUAUUGAUAUCGGUUAUCGAUGUAUCAUAUCAAUAAUUUUGUAAUCGACUUUGUUGAUUCGAUUAUUGAUCCAAAUCGUAUUCAAAUUUGCCUUAAUUGACAGUUGCAACUAAGAAAUUUAUUGGCCUUAGCCUUUAAUUUCAAAAAGUAAGAUUUAAAUCCACUUGAGAUCGAUAACUAACUUUUUUUCGAUCAUUUAAACACAAAAUUUUCAAUUAAAAAUUGAAUUUAAAUAUCGAAAAUGGAUAUUCCCUAUAAACUUCAAUAAGUCUGUCAUCGAUUAUUGAAAUCGGUAAUCGAUGUAUCAUAUCGAUAAAUUUGUAAUCGACUUUGAUGAUUCGAUUAUUGAUCCAAACCGUAUUCAAAUUUGCCUAAAUGGACAGUUGAAGCCAAGAAAAUUAUUUGCUUUAGCCUUUAAUUGCCAAAAGUGAUUGAGAUCGAUAACUAAAUUUUUCGAUCAUUUAAAUCCAAAAUUUUCAAUUAAAAAUUGAAUUUAAAUAUAAAAAAUGGAUAUUCCCUAUAAACUCCAAUAAGUCCAAUAUGAAAUUUUGUUAAUAUUUUUUCUGCACAGUUAAUUUAGGGUUUAAAAGCGAUUUUAUUGAAAUUUGUAAUCGAAAAUCGAUAUUUGUUUUCGAUAGUUUUGAAAAUUAUUUAAAUUCGUGAAACAGGUAGUAUCUGGCACAAUUUUGGGAAAGAUUAAAAAUUGUUUUGAAUAUUCUGCAGAAGUGUUGUAGAAAUUUCCUCAACUAUGGACCUGUUUUAGUUUAGAACUAUACAGCGCAAACCUUUUUUUACCGGCUGUUAUCGCUUGGUAUUGAUAACUAUGCAACUUUGCACUAUGCAAAACAUUUGUUUUAAAACUAGAACUAAAUAAUUAACAUCUACAAGGCCUUCUAAGAUUUUUUUCGUUUUAGCAUUAUUAUUGUUUAUGGCUUCUAAUUUUCCCUUUUUUAGAUGUAAUUAUUAUAUACUCACCAUAUAAUAUCGUUUUGUUUUAUACUUUCGCAAACAUGAUUGUUAAUAUAUAGAUUAUAACAACAGAGUAAAAGCAGGACUAAACAUAAUUAGAAGAAAAAAAAAAUAAAAUAAAAUGAAAAAACAACAAGAACAACAAACCACAAACAAUUUGCUGACAUAUAAUGAUACAACAAAAAUUAAAAGUAAACUUAAAAGAAAAACAAACAAAUUAAUUAUAAUAUUUACACAAACACUCACACAGUCACAUUCAAUGGUAUAACUAACAAUUCCUCCUUCCCCUCACAUUCGCUAAAACAUUCACCACCUCCCUUCCUUCCCCACCCACUCACUCUCCACAAAACUCAUUUGACAAAAAUU